CAGUUUUCUAGAGAUACUUAUCAUUAUCUCCUUUAAAGGCUUAUUAACUAGUUUCAAGUUCCAGCCCUUAGUAUUUUGUUCUCAAUCUACAGAUUUCUCUGUCUCUGUCUCUCCCUCUCCCUCUCCCUCUCCCUCUCCCAUGCACGCUCUCUUACUCUCUUAUAAGCAUCGAGGCGAAGUUGCACAAUAUCAUUGGGUUUUAUACUGCAUACUAUAUUCUAUCUUUCUCCAUUUCCCUCCACAUUUUCAAGCUGAAUCUUGUAUAAACCCGCGCAUCUGUCCUAUAAGCUAGCUAGUCUUUGGGCCCAAAUUUCCUUUGUUCUUUUUGUUUUCUGGUCAGACCCCAGAUCUCUUUACUUUCAUCAGAAACCAACUUGAAGUCUAAAAUGUCAAUGCCAUUAACUCAGCAACCACCAGCAGUAACUGUAGCACAAGAACCUUUCAGCACUCACUCAACUCAUGGCUCAAUUGGCCCACUUAUUGUAGUACUUGUAGUAAUAAUGAUUUUAGGUGUUCUUGCUGUUAUGAUUGGAAGGCUCUGCUCAGGAAGGAGAAUCCUGGGUUAUGGUCAGUAUGAUAUAGAGAGCUGGGCAGAAACAAAAUGCGCUUCUUGCAUUGAUGGAAGGAUAAGCUCUCCAGCACCAAGGUCUAAUCCUUUUGUUACCUCUGGCUCAUCACCGUUGCCUGUCCAAAUCCACCAAGAAACCAAGCAGGAAGAGCAAUCUCCUCAACACCCACCUGAAAGUCUUUGAUUCUUGAGCAUUUUUUUCCCUGUGGAUGUAGUGGCUCUGUUUUGUUUAAUUUCACAUUGUUUGCUUGCAAGAAUAUUAUGCAUUGUUGCUGGUAUACAUUUUGAGGUGAAUAUGUCCUGAUUUGCA